CACCAGUUCCCUGUUCCCGUGGAGUUACUGGGACAACUGGUGUCGGAAGUGACUUCAUUCUUCUGGAAAGAGAUGGGAGAAACUCGGGAGAAGUGAGAGAAGAAGCGGCGGCGGCUGCCCGGGGCGUCAGGUUUUCGGACCAGUUAGCAGGCGUCUCCUUCCUGCUAAGCAGGGAGUGUCUUCCUCUCGCACCCUCCCACCACGGCGGCACACGUGAAGCCCACUGUGUGCAGAGUCAUUGUCUAUCUGCAGCGAGAGAUGUCCGGCGACACUUGUCUGACGGCUAUGUGCCCCGCUUCAGGGGCCAAACCUAAAACCUACAGCUUCAGAGGGGGCUGCCUUGGGAACAAAUACGUGCGGCUGAACGUGGGAGGAUCUUUGUACUACACCACAGUGCAGGUCCUGACGAGACACGACACUAUGCUGAAGGCAAUGUUCAGCGGCCGGAUGGAGGUUCUGACAGACAAGGAAGGCUGGAUCCUCAUUGACCGUUGUGGAAAACAUUUUGGGAGCAUUUUAAACUAUCUUCGAGACGACACCAUUGCUCUUCCAAAGAACAGACAUGAGAUCAAGGAAUUAAUGGCGGAAGCCAAGUAUUACCUCAUCCAGGGCUUAGUAGACAAGUGCCAGGCAGCAUUACAGGAUAAGAAUGAAUCAUACGAGGCUGUAUGUAAUAUCCCUAUCAUCACAUCUCAGAAAGAAGAAGAGAAGCUGAUUGAAUCAUCUGCCAAGCCCGUGGUCAAGCUCUUGUAUAACAGAAGUAACAACAAAUACUCGUACACCAGCAACUCGGACGACAACCUUCUGAAAAAUAUUGAGCUGUUUGACAAGCUUUCCCUUCGCUUCAACGGGCGAGUCUUAUUUAUGAAGGAUGUGAUUGGAGACGAGAUCUGCUGCUGGUCCUUCUACGGUCAGGGGCGGAAGCUGGCAGAGGUGUGCUGCACCUCCAUUGUGUAUGCCACUGAAAAGAAGCAAACAAAGGUUGAAUUUCCUGAAGCGCGGAUUUAUGAAGAAACCCUGAAUGUUCUCCUUUAUGAGACCCCGCGAGUCCCAGACAACUCUCUACUGGAAGCCACAAGCCGUACACGCAGCCAAGCAUCUCACAGUGAAGAUGAUGAGGGUUUUGAACUCCGAGAUCGCGUUCGUCGCAUUCAUGUGAAAAGAUACAGCACGUAUGAUGACAGACAGCUCGGCCACCAGUCUGCGUACAGGGAUUGACUCUCUACAGCAUGAAUGCGGUGAAGUUCUCUUUGCCUUGUGACUUUUUUUCUUCCUUUUUUGACUAAAGUCGUCUUAUAGAAGAAAGCUAGUCGGCAAUUAUAACUUCAAAGACCUGUGUAUGACGUUAUCAGUCAUCCAGUGUAAAGGUCUGAUUGCAUGACUUCAAAUUUUGGAUAUUGGCGCCAAUUCCAUUUUUUAGCACAAUAUUUAAUCUAGGAGUCAAAUGUCUUACUAGGAAGCUAUCCAUUAUCCACUACAAGGCCUUUCUGCAUCCCAUGACCUCGAAUGGGGUGACUAUUACAUUUUUGGGGAUACGUAAGCUGAUCAUCUAAGUAUCUUUGCUUUCUUCACCUUCAGAAGCAGACAUCCAGCAUAGGAGGGGAAAUGACCAGAUUAUCCUAUUCUGACUGGUGGCUUAAAGGGGUUGCCAUAAUCAACACUUUAAGUGGCACAUUGUUGUUGGUUCGGCAGCUGGGACCCCCACUGCGCACAAGAAUGGGGACCUGUGUGCCCUGUGGGAAUAAAGCACAGUCAUGGCUUAUGUGUGCUGAGCUCCAUUUAAAGUCUAUGGGACUGACUGAGAUAGCAGGUCAACAGGCUUUAAAUAGAGCAGCAGCAUGCAUCUGCUACUGCUGCUCCAUGGGACCCUCAUUGUGGUGGGGGUCCCAGCGAUCAGACUCUUAGGUCAACCCUGUUAAUCUGUGUUUAUUACUGCACUAAUAGAAAUUGCGUCUCCAUGCACUAAGCUUGCGUUGACCAGUGUGAAGAAGCCAGGCUGCAGUAGAAACCAUGGUGGAAGUAGAGAGCAGCAUCCUAUGCUAAAAGGUGAGAAUGAAGGAUUCAUGGCUGAAUUCAGAAUGACUGCAUUGUUACCAAGUAUGUGGUAAGAGAUGGAGCUCAUUGAGACGACCACUAUGUUUUAUUUGUCCUCAUGAUCGCACCGUCUGAUCCUACGCCACUUCUUUGCCAUGCUGUGCAGUUGGCCUCUGUGCUUGACUUUUAAUUUAUAUUUUAGUAUAGGCUUUAAAUCAGUAAUGUAUAGUUAGUGCAGUUUUAGACUCAAAUCAUUCAGAUUUUUUUAAGUAUUUAUUAUGACUCUGAAGGCAGCACUGGUAAAGUAUGGCCCAAUAUGGAGUCCUGAGAUGACUGCACAGUUGGCCAGAUGGGGAAUUCCAUUUGGAUUGAAGACAUUGGCCCAGAUUUACUAAUGUAUCUUUGCCAAAAAUCUGUCUAAAGCGGCACAAUUUGGCAAAUCUAGGGUUUUUAGACAGACUUUUGGCUAUUGUGUAGAAACACUGAAAAGAUGGGAUGUUUGUUUGAUAUCGCUAAUCAUUUAAUUUGCUGAUAUUUCUUAUGCUAAUUUCAUGUGUGGCCUCGUACUGUGCAUUUUAAUAUUUCAGACACAAAAUAUAGGGGAUCACUCGAGGCAGGUUUCAUGGUAAAGGGGUUGUUUUCUGUUUGACCUAUCCUCCCAGUUCGGUGGGGGUCUGACUCUCGGCACCCCAUCGAUCCACUGUUUGAAGCGAACAUGCUGUCAACAUUGUAGUGGUGGUGCAAUGUACUUACGCCUUCCUGCCGAGAGCAGAGACCCCUUCAAACAGUCGAUCGGCAGGGGUGCCAGGAGUCGGAACCCCACCAGUCUGAGAUCAUCAAUAUCUGAAAACCAGACAUUCCCUUUAAUAUACUUUUUAAAGGGGUCAUUCUAUGAAAAACAUGUUUGCCUGCUCAGGACAGGCAAUAAUUGUAUGAAUGCCGGGCCUCCACUGACACCAGAACAGGCGUCCUGAACAUCCCAUUCAAGCAGAGUUUGAAAAGAGCGGCGGUCGUGCGUGCACGUUGCUGCUCCAUUCUUUGUCUAUGGGGCAGACAAAGAACCGAGCACUGAACCCAGUUGUUUUCAGUCAGAUCCAUGGGUGCUGAAUAUAAUGUAUUAUAGCAAAAGAAAGCUUCAUUGCCACUAUGCUGUUCUUAGGUAAUUAUAAUUAAUUUAAAAACGUCUUAAUAUUAAGUCUUGCACAAUCUUUGCUCAUUUGUCACAGGUGACAUAUAUUUCCUACAUUAAAGCAGAUUUUUUUUUUUUAUCUCAGCAGUUGGUCAUAAGAAGUAGAUCUCUCAGAUAAGGCACUAAAUGGGGUAGCCCAGGGCCAUUUCCAUUCUGCCAGCUUGAAUACCUAUAGGCACCAAUAAACUAAUUAUGCAAGUGGUAUAGAUGAAAACUAUACUCCUCCUCAGGCAGGUUUUUACAGUUUUUUUCACAGUGCAUUUCUGCUGCAGCCACUAUGUGAGUAGCUCUGUGUCCAGACUGUGAAUUAAGCAGUUCUCUCUCCCAGCAGGCUAUUUUCAGAACUUCCAUAGAAGUGAAUAGAGAGCGCACUGCGCAUGCAUGGCCACCUCUCCAUUCACCUCCUAUAGGAGUUCCCGAAAUAGCCAGAACUCCCAUCAAAGCAAAUAGAGGGUGGCCACACUUGCGCAGCGUGCCCCCAUUCGUUCUAAAGAUAGGUGUGGGUCACAGAGGUGGAACCCGCACCUAUCUGACAUCGGUGGCAUAUCCUAGCGAUAUGUCGCCAAUGUCUCAUGUGAGACAACCCUCUUAACAUCAAUGCUUUUAUUUUUUUCCAUAUUAACUAUUUCAUCUAUCUUUAAAACAUAGGAGGAGGUUUAUUAAGACUGGCAAUGUGUAUGCUGGUGUCAGUUUGUCUUGAGCUGGCACAAGAUGCUCUAGAAUUAUUAAGGGGCACACAUCUCUUAGUAAUUAUGGCGCCUGCUGUGCUGCCCAUGUGCCAGAACUGAACUUUAAUCCAGCCAACAGCUAAUGUAUGGCAGUUUUCAGACGCACAUGUUAAAUGAGUAGAGUUGCGGAGGUCCCGCCUGCACCCCCUCCCACUCGCGCCCAACCCACUGUUUGGGAAAGUGGCAAAGCUGCUGGAAAAGAAGUUAAAAAGUUGCACAUAUUGUCGCAAAAUGGGAUUUGCGCCAACAUUUCUGACUUUUCUACAUUGGAAGACAGGUGUAGAAGCUUGAUAAAUCUCCCUCAUUGUCCUUAGCUUUUCAGUUUGUAUGAGAUGGUUAUAUCUUUACGUUCUGAACAUUUACAUAUGCCUUUAGUCUUCUGCCCUUAUCGCUAAGAAGUAUAAGACCACUGCAGGUAAUUGCCAGGUUCCAGAGAUUGUUUUUCAUGCUUUGCCUGUACCAGACAUCUUUAAUUCGUUGGCGAUUGGUUUGCCAUCCCUAUUGUUAAAUUGACAGGCUCCAAGGAACCUUGUGCAGGAAAAUACUGCUCUAUACUUCCCUUAGUUGUCCCUUCUAGAAAAGUCCUGUUAGAAUACAUGGGUGCCUAGGGCUCAUGCACACAAAACUAUUUUCUUUCUGUGUCCGUUCCGUUUUUUUUGUAGAACCAUUCAUUUCAAUGGGUCCGCAAAACAAAACUGAAGUUAUUCCGUGUGCAUUCUGUUUCCGUAU